GUGUGGGCCUCGUUCCUGACCGACUGUCUGCGCGUGGGAGCAUCUGGAGCUUCGAGGCAGCGGGCGGAGACGAGGGGACGAAAGGCGCCAACGCAGGAACCGCGGGAACAGUGAUGCUGCUGGACACGACAGAGUCUACCUCAGAGCUGGGCUGGACCACCUAUCCAGACACGGGGUGGGAUGAGGUCAGCGUCCUGGACGACCGUGGGAAGCUCAUCCGGACCUUUGAGGUCUGCAACGUGAACCAGAACCCGCGCCUGCAGGACAACUGGCUGGCCACGCCCUUCCUGUACCGCCACUCGGCGCCGCGGGUCUUCGUCACGCUGCGCUUCUCGGUGCGCGACUGCGCCAGCCUCAGGUCGCCGUCGCCCACCUGCAGAGAGACCCUCACGCUGUACUACAAGCAGGCCGACUCCCAGAGGGAGCUGCAGAAGACCUGGGUGGCUGAGCCGUCCAGUGGUGAGAGAGAGACCCGGGAGGGCUGGGUGAAGAUCGACACCAUCGCGGCCGAUAAGAGCUUUUCCAAGGUGGAGCAGAGUUCCCCUCAUCAGUACCAGCCCAACAGAUACAGCCGUGUGAACGUGAAGACGCGCAGCUUUGCCCCCCUCACGCGCGACGGGUUCGUCCUGGCCAUCGUCGACAGCGGGGCGUGCGUCUCCCUCAUGGGCGUGUCCGUCUUCUACCGCCGCUGCCCGGCCACCAGCCUCUACCUGGCGUCGUACCCCGCCACGCCGUCGGGGGCCGAGCCCACCGCCUUGGUGCCCGUGACCGGGACGUGCGUCCCCCACAGCAAGAGGCAGGGAGGCGCCGCCCCCCGCAUGCACUGCAACGCCGAGGGGGAGUGGAUGGUUCCGGUCGGAGGGUGCGUGUGCGACGAAGGCUUCGAGCCCAACGUCAAUGGAUCCGCCUGCACGGCCUGUGCAGUGGGCUCCUUCAAGGCGGUCUCGGGCUCGGCUCCCUGCUCGCCGUGCCCCUCCAACAGCAGGACCAGCCGGGAGGGAUCCAGCGUGUGCGAAUGUCGCAGCGGCUUCUACCGAGCGGCCAACGACGCCAACUCCUCCGCCUGCACCACUCCUCCAUCCGCUCCCGUGGCGCUGACCUGGGAGUACGAGAGCGGCAACGGCGGCGUGGCCCUGCGCUGGCGCCCCCCCGACAUGGGCGGCCGCGGCGAGGUGUGGUACGGGGUGGUGUGCCGCACCUGCCCCUCGCCCACCGUCGCCAACCCGGCCUCGUGCUCCUGGUGCGGGGAGGGCGUGACCUUUAGCCCCUCGCAGACCAACCUGAAGCAAAGCAAGGUCACGCUCAACAACCUGCUGACCAGAGUCACUUACCUCAUACAGGUGCAGGCCAUGAACGAGGUGUCAGCGCUGAGUCCCUUCGCAGCUCGAUACGCGAGCAUCAAUUUCACUACGAGCCAGUCAGUCCCCAGCACAGUUCCCAUGAUGCACCAGCUGAGCCGCGCCCCAGACUCCAUCACCCUCUCGUGGCCUCAGCCGGACAGGCCCAACGGAGACAUCCUGGAGUACCAGCUCAGAUACUACGACAAGGGUUCGGACGUGGACAGCGCCGUGAGCGUCUACAGCGAGACCAACACGGUGACGGUGGGCUCGCUGAUCGCCGGCUCCAUCUACGCCUUCCAGAUCCGAGCUCGCAACGAGCGCGGCUACGGCCCGUACAGCAGCACCGUCUACUUCACCACGCUGCCUCUGGAGGAGCACUCCCACCAGAUCCAGAACCGGCUGCCUCUGCUGGUCGGCUCGGUGAUGGGCGGGGCGGCGUUCCUGCUUGUUGUGGCAGCCAUCGUGGUUGUUGUUGUGUUCCGCAGCAAGCGAAGGGAGAGUCCGUACAGCGACCGGCUCCAGAGGUACAUCAGCAACCGAGGAGGAGUGAAGUAUUAUGUGGACCCGUCCACAUACGAGGACCCCAGCGAGGCGGUCAAGGAGUUCGCCCGAGAAAUAGAUCCCACUCACCUCAAGAUUGAGGAGGUGAUUGGAGCAGCCCAGUUCGGAGAGGUCUCCCGGGGCCGCUAUCGUCCAGUGGGUCGCAGGGAGGUGCUGGUGGCGGUGAAGACUCUGCGGUGGGGGGCGUCCGACAGGGAGAAGGGCAUGUUCCUGAGUGAGGCCGGGGUGCUGGGCCAGUUCGACCACCCCAACGUGUUGAAGCUGGAGGGCGUGAUCACUCGGAGCCCCCCAGAGAGGAUCGUCACUGAGUUCAUGGAGAACGGGCCCCUGGAUGCGUUCCUCAGGGAGAACGAGGGCCAGUUCAGCAUCCUGCAGCUCGUUGGGAUGCUGAGGGGAGUGGGCGCGGGCAUGCGCUACCUCUCCGAGAGGAACUUUGUGCACCGGGACCUGGCAGCCAGAAACGUGCUGGUCAACUCCAACCUGGUGUGCAAGGUGUCGGACUUUGGCCUGUCCCGGCUGAUGAGGGGCCUGGACCACAACAUGCCGACGUACACGGCCUCGCUGGGCAGCAAGAUUCCUGUGAGGUGGACGGCGCCGGAAGCCUUUCAGCACCGCAAGUUCAGCUCGGCUAGUGACGCCUGGAGCUUCGGCGUGCUGAUGUGGGAGGUGAUGUCAUAUGGCGAGCGUCCAUACUGGGACAUGAGCAAUCAGGAAGUGAUGAAAGCAGUAGCCGACCAGUACCGGCUCCCCGCCCCCCACAACUGCCCCCCCGCCCUACACUCGCUGAUGCUUCAGUGCUGGCAGGCGGAGCGAGGCGAGCGGCCGGGCUUCGACUCGCUGCUGUCCUCCUUGGACCGACUCAUCCGGCACCCGGCCUCGCUCAAGGCGGAGCCGACCCGAAGCUGCUCUCAGCCGCUGCUCAGCCCGACGCCCACGGACUUGUCGGCCGUGUCGACCGUCAGCGACUGGCUGAAGGCGCUGCGGAUGGAGCGGUACCAGGAGGAGUUCGACCGGGCCCAUCUGGACACACUGGACCGAGUCAGCAGGCUCACCAUGGAUGAUGUCCAGAACCUCGGCGUGAACCUGCUGGGACACCAGAGGAAGAUCGUGAGCGCGGCCCAGCAGCUCAGGGCUUAUCUGUCGCAGGGGCAGGUGGAGGUGUGAAUCCCUCCCCCUGCACGAGCUCGGACAUGGAUUUUUAAUGGUUUUCACAUUCCGCUGCUUGUUGUGUCUGGUUUCUGCAACACUGUCAUGCUCAAGAAGCACAUUCGAACUAAAACAAACACAAGGAUCAGCCGAGGGGUCACUCUGUACUCUCAUGACCGGCGGAAUCUGUCUGUCACUCGGGAGAGAUGCACUGUGGGAGCUGUAGUCCAGGUCAAAGUGAGAUCACUGCGCACAGAGGACGAGGACGACGGGGACCUCCAUGUUUUCCACUAGAUUUCACUUCCCUACUUGUCUGCUUUUCUACCUCUCACCCUGUCCUCCACGACCGUCCCUCCCCUGAACGUCUCAACUUUCCAAAUCUUACUGAGAAUUCUGUAACUAUAAACCACAAAGAUAUGUUUUGUUAAAAUUCUUACGGAGAUCUCUCCUCACAAAGAAUUGCGUGAAGACAAUCGAAGCCUUUUCUAUUCCUUUUUUUAUUUGCAAUGUUCUUCUUAACAUAAGAUGACAAAGAUACUACCAAGAAAACAUUUUAUAAGGUGUUAGCUUAGCUUGAGCUUUUAGGUAAAUGGAAUUUGUCCAGGCUUCCAAUACGAUGCCACAAGCUCAAAAUUAUAUAUAAAUCACAUCCAUGAAAUGGUGAACAUUGAAACCGAACGACACCUCUUCUGGAACCUGCCUUCGAAGCCUCACAGCUGGGCUUCUCAGCGUCAGCAAAACCACUGGAAGCUUCACCUCAGCUGGCACCGGCCCGUCACGGCGCCACAGCCAAAUGGUACCAGUACCUGUACAUGAUGACACUUCACAUCUUUUGGUUGUUAGACGUCACUGAGUCACUGAAGCGUUGUGAAUGUGCGAAAUGGAAACGAUGGACACAAUCUGAUCUGGUUUACACUUGAAGAAGGUGAAAUGCUCUGUAAGUGUGUAACCGGUGCUGUUGAUGUGUCUUUGCGUGUGUGUGUGUGUGUGUGUGUGUGUGUGUGUGUGUGUGUGUGUGUGUGUGUGUGUGUGUGUGUGUCAGGCUACACACAUUACCUGUGUUUACUUGUACGAGUGCUCACCACUAUUCCCCAACUGUGCAAAUUUGUAAAAUAAAUACAAUCUUAUUUAAAAAGAAGGCAGUUGCU